ACCUCAUGUGUGCUCGCCGCCCCGUUUGACUGUCCUGUCUCGGCAGCGGCCACUCGUCGGUUGACUCGCCCUCGCCUUCACCUUCACCUUCUGGUCGCCCAUGUGUGGAUUCGAUAAUUAUUACUCGUUCCGAGAUGUCGUGUCCAGCCACGGUUCGGGCUCGUGUUCCCAAUGCAAUGCUCCACAAUCGCCCCGUCACAGGCCCGAGGCGGAGGUGUGCAUGAAUCCUGCGCCCUGACUUGCUAUCUCUUACCGACCGACUCGUCGACUCGCGUUCGAUGUCCCGCGGAUCAAUGCAGUGCUCGUGAAAUCGUAGACCGAAUCGCCGACCUGGCGGGCCUCAGAGAUGCAAAAUAUUGGGGUCGUUCGAAGCGUAGGCCUGUCUGUCUCCACUGCUCGUCUGCGGCGGAGGGACUCGAGAAGAUUUGCCACUCUUGCUAGAAGAGGACAGUGAUCGGCGGGUCCCUUGCUGGAGCACGACCAUGUCUCGGACGACUUCCAACGACACAUCGUCGCCUGGUUGGGCGCGCUAUAGUUUCAGCCAUAAUGAUUCCAGCGCACCGUCGUCGCCUUCGGUGUCCGAUAGGGGCAAAGCUGUAGAUGAGCAGAGCUCGUCUGAUCCGACACUCACGGUGCUGGGGAAGCUGGAGAGGAAGUCGGGGAGCUCGAGGGUGCAGCAGAAUCCUUCCUCGCCGAAGGGCAAGAGGAUGAAGAGUGCCUUCUUGGAUGAGGAAGCAGGUGUUCAGCGAUGUCGACACUGCGAUUGGAUAUAUCCAACCCCAAACCCGAGUGCACGAACCCGGCGCGACCAUAAGAAGAAAUGUGGGAAAAUUCAGACUGUCCAGCAGUGGUUGCAAGUGAUCGAUCCCGGUGAUCAGGACCUCCAGGGUCCAAUAGAAGAAGGGCCACGGCCUGUAGUCCGCAACGUAGCCAUGGAGAUCGAUAAGGCUCCAAUUACUUCUGACCAGGAGCUCGAAGAUAGAGAGGCUUUAGAUUUCGCCAAUGUAGCUGUGGCGGAAGGUACAGACGAUCGUGAGAAUGAUGGGGAGGCCACGGAAACUAAGCCCAAUGGAGAACAUGUUUCCAAAUCUUACGCGGAAUCUGGGGAAGGCAAUUCCCGAGGAAUCGAGAGACCGUACAACCCACUUGUUGUAGAUGGAUCCGAUGAAGUUGCAGAUAAUGAUGCCGAGGGACAGGAAACACAAGUCGAUCAUGACAACGGAAUAUCAGGAAACGGCGAUUUUGAUCAAGUCGAGACUGACGAACUAGGAAACACGGAGGAUAUGCAAGAGCCGGGAGACGCCAGGGAGUCCUAUGUCAAGUCAGAUCGUCCUGAGGGCCCAGAGCACCAAAUGUCAGCUGGAGGUGCCGACGAUAACGAAGCCCUCAGGAGAGGCGAGCUUCAAGAUGAAGCUGAGGGUACGGUAGAUCCGAGCAUCGAGUUUCCAGGUCUCCAAAGCGAAGCAAACCGUGUCGAUGAAGACGAUAUUGGAGAUGGUGGCCAGGAGGAUAGCUUCUCUGACAAACCAGUAGAAACUAUGACGCUCGAGAAAUCCGGAGGAACGGAAGACGGUGAAAGAGAUGAGAGGAACGGGGGAUCUAAAGAGGAACUAGAUAUGGAAAACUCAUUGCCUGCUGUUGACCAAGACGGAGCAGACCAUUCGAUAGGCGGUGUUGGUAUAGAGAACGGAAACACCGAUGGCGAGGAGAAAGUUUUCUCCAGAAGUGACCGUGAGAUUAGCUCACUUAACAUCGAGGAUGUUGAUGAUUCGUUUAGUCCAAUUGCGACCAGAGACCAUAGUAAUGCAGAGCUCGCAGAUUCAAGUAGUUCGAAACCAGACAAUUUGAUGGGCAGCACCGAUCUCUCCAAAUUUGUGAAGCCUGAAAUCACGGUUCCUGGUUCUGAUGAAGACACAGGGAGCCGUGUCCUCGUCGGCACUCCAAGAAGUAUACUGGGCGAUAACAAGUCGGAAUCUUCUUCAUCCUCAUCAAGCAGUUCGUCAGCGGGUGAUGACAGUGAUAUUGAUAGAGGAACACCAGGAAGGACAUCCCAGGUCGAGCGAACUCCAGUUUCUGGUUUCCGACAGCCCGUUUUUUCUGUGGAGCUGGAAAUUCCAGAUGCGGGAGACUCAAGACAUAGCUCCGUUGGCGAAUCUGCCUCGGCUUCACCAUGGAGAUCUCGCAAUGCUGUACAAGAUGAAUUGAUGGAAGGCAUGACGGACGAUCCAGCUCCUCCGCCAAGGAUUCGGACUAGGGUGGAAAUCCGUGUGCCCGAAACACCCGAAGACAUUCACACGGCCAUCACACCCACCUUUACUGCGACAACGACAAUGAACGGAGAGACCACGCCCGAGGGAACACCCGGAACGAGCUCUGGUCCCGUGCAUCAAGUGGCUGUUGUCGGCAGUUCAAUAAAAGAGAAGGAUUUUAAAGCCAGGCAGAUGUACUGGGCCGAGAUUACGAGCAGUGACGUACUGGACGGUCAUAAGCCAAUAACUAGCAGAUCGUCGUUCGAAGACAAGAGGCCACUUCAAUUGAAACACAGACUGAAGCCUGUGGAUGAUACGCAGAGUCAGAGUUCCAUUGACACCAUCACAGACAACAGUAGAGAGGUCAGCAAGGAUGAUGAUGUUGAAGUCGCAGACUCCGAAGCAAGCACAUCAAGUCCGCAUGCCGGGGCUGUUGCAAGCUCCCCGGAUUCGCAUCCCGUGUCUGUGGAAAGCUCUUCGAGUUCGCCUCCCGUGGAUGCUGUUAGCUCUCCAAAAUCGCAUCCCGUGGCUGUGGAAAGCUCUUCGAGUUCGCCUCCCAUGGAUGCUGUAAGCUCUCCAAAGUCGCAUCCCGUGGCUGUGGAAAGCUCCUCGAGUCCGCCUCCCGUGGCUGCUGCAAGCUCUCCAAAUUCGCAUCCAGCUUCUUUGGAAACCUCUUCGAGUCCGCAUCCCGUGGCUGCUGCAAGCUCGCCAAACUCGCAUCCCGUGUCUGCGGCAAGCUCUCCUCGUCCGCAUCUCGUGGCUGUUGCAAACUACUCAAUUUCGAAAUCCGUGGAUGUAGCAAGCUCUUCAAACUACUCAAUUUCGCAAUUUGUGGAUUUAGCAAGCUCUUCAAAUUCGCAUCCUGUGUCUAUAGCGAGCUCCUCAAACUCGCAGCCAGUGGUCGAGUACGACGUUGAGCGGGUAGUUCACCACCAGAACACCCAUGACAUCAUGUGCCCCGUGUGUGGGUCAUGUAUCACCAAGCGAGUCAUUCUGCGGAAGAGGAAGAGAACUGAAAUUCCGAAGUAUGACUCCAAGUGGGAGGAAAUUGAUCCUGCCUCUCCCCUCGCCGAGCCAGUACGUGAACGCGAACUUGAACCUGAACCUGAACGUGACAGUUGGGGUUGGGGCUGUUUGUCCUGCUUCUCCGUAUUUUUCCCAGGACCGGAGGCCGAGUCGAGAGAAAGAACCAGCUGUCUAGAAUUCAUAUGUCCUAAAUUUCUAUGGCGAACCAAUUCACUUCCAGCGGUGGAACCAAGUCGCAACUACCAAGUUGAUGACCCAGCACUAGUGGAACCGCUGCUUCCCACAAGCGACAUCCCCGAGCCUGUCACCCCUCCUACGGUUGAGUCACAAAUCCCUGCGACUCGUGAAGAUGAGAAGGAUUCAGUCAGCUGCUUCGAUUACUUGCGCAGAAACAAGAGUUCUCCGGUCCCGAAGAAACCUCCGCAAGAAGUUAAACCUGAAGUUCCUGUACCUCCAGCCGAGAGCGUUGAACAACCUGCAUUGCAGGAGGAGGAGCCGCUACCAGUUUCGACCGGGGAGAUUACAUCACCCGCAUCUGAAGGUCCUGAAAAACUGUCGAUUCCACAAGAGCCCAAGGUCGAGCCGCCUCCACCUGCAGUGUCCACGGUAAAAGUCGACAUCGCUGUCAAGGCAGAAAUUACACCAGUCCAAGAGGAACCUGAGAUCCAGCAAGAGGAGGUCCGAUCUCGAGACUGGUCCAGCGCACAAGUGAACCUAGAUGUUCUUACACGGAGCAAAACAUUGACAGACUCCGCCGAACAACCCGACUUGAGGAGCGUCGUGUCGGGAUUUGUAGACUCACCAGAAGCACCGAAGGUACUGCCCGCUGAUGAGAGAAUCAAUUGGCUUUCAACUGUGCCGAAGUUAUUUUGGAGAGCUCGCACGACUGAGGGCAAGCCACCACUCGACGAAAUUCGUCCACCUUCUCCUGUGAGUGUAAUUCUAUCGGAGGAGAAGAAUGAACCUGAAGUUACAGAUACAGAUAUUGGCACACCGCCGGAUGAUGGAGUACGUAGCCCUCCCGAAGAGUCGCCUCCACCGGAGCCAACACCAUCUCACGACGAGGGCGUCCAGACGCCUGAGCCAUCGGAAGCAGCGCAGCCGCUGCCACCAGCGAAGGAAGACAGCAGGUGUCUGCCUCUGUUCAGCAGUAGGAAACCUUCUUCGAUGCCCAUCGAGGCCAAGCCUACUAUCGUCGUCCACCCACAGCCUUGGAAGAUUAUGUCGUAUCCAGACAUGGACACUCUGCACCGCCGAUCUAUCCGUGUCUUCUGGGACUUUGACGAAACUACCACCGUUUCACCUGCGAAACCAAAGCCUGCCCUUCCCUCGGCUGAUCGUCCACCUCGAAAGACUCAUUACGUUCCCGUCGAAGUGGACUCUGACGACGAGAUCGUUGACAUCGGUGAACCCUUGCCGGCAAUUGUUGCCCCUGCAGUCGCUCUUCCUUUGGUGGAUGAUGGACUUACAACUCCUCUUCUACUAAAAUCUCCGAAGGGGCUUUCAGCGCCAGAGCUGCCUCAUAAACCGACAGCUGAGCCGUGCUCUUGCUGCGGCGUCAUGGACAUUAUAUUGCCAUCUUUCAAGCGGGGCCGUAAACCUGUGGAAACCCCUCCAAUUGAAGAGGUUCCGAUCAUUGUGCCUCCCGCGGCGGAAGAUGCAACAUCAGCAGCACCUUCGACGAGUGUCAGCAUUGAGGCUCCAAAAGAAGAACAGGAGCCUCCUCCGAAAGACGAAUACACGUCUUAUCAACGGGAGGAGAAUCGCGUCGUGGGGCACGUUGUGACGGUCACCACGACUGUAAAUGUGAAGAACAACAUCGAACAGUCUAUCGAGGUUCAGAAGAACGUGACUCACUUUGAGACGCAGUUCGACCAAAAUAAACACAUUCUUUCCUCUGAAGUGGUCGGUGCGGAAGACUUGAAGCAGCCGUUAACAACAAUCGCAGACCAGGAGGAAGAGGUUGCAGAGGGUGAAAUUCAAGCGGACCCACCACUCAUUAGAAAGAAGCCGGAGGGAAAAUCGCAGACGAAAGCCAGCGAGAUAGCCCAGGCCUUGAUGAACGAAGCCUCGACCCGAGACAAGCCAGAUCAUCAAGUUGACACUCGCGUCCACACUCCGUCCGAGGCAAGAGAACGUGAGCGAUCAUGCUCUUGUCUCCCUUUCACUCUGCCGAUGCUGUCCCUAUCUUGGGACCGAAAGAAUGACAGGGGCGAGUUUGAUGAGCUGACAAGACCACUUCUGGGAGGUCAACAACAAACCCUGGGGCAGCACCCGGAGUCCAUCAUUGACAUCCCUCCUGCGCACGCUACAGUUUCGGGCACGACUCCUCUCACCCCAGGAAGAAUUGCUCCUGCUGCUUCCGAUGGUUUCGAGGUCGUGAAGAGUAUAGUUUACGGUGGACUUGAUACCACCCUCAUCAGUCUCGGAGUCGUAGCUUCUUCCACCGGAGCCGACGCUAAGACAAGAACGGUCAUCAUUAUGGGUUUGGCCAACCUCAUCUUCGGCUUUUUCCCCUUUCUCGGCAUCAUAUCAAAUCUAUACAGAUCUGAUAGGGCGCAAUUUAAGCAGCAAGUCGGCCCAAGUUUCAGAUUCAACGGGUUUCUCGCAGUAUUCUCUUACAUAUUGUUCGGUUUGAUGCCUCCGCUAACUUACGGUUUCAGCUUCCGCAAUGAGAGUAACAGGGACUACAAGAUGGGUGCGACUAGUUUGCUCGCCCUCUUUUGUAUAAUUCUGCUGGGCUGGGGUAAAGCGCGUGUAACAUUUCAAAGUGCUUUUAAACUAAUAUCUACACUAAUCACGACAGGAUUUGUUGGAGCCAUCGCUUGUUACCAAGCAGGAGACUACGUCUCAAUGCUUUUAGAUUACAUAGGAUUCGACAGUGUAUAAUACCAAACGCGUUGUCGUUAUGAGUUUAGGAACUUAUGAUCCUCUAGACCUACCCUCACCUUGAUACCGCUGUAUGAAGGCCUUUCACCUUGGGUGGUAGAUUAAUGUCCCCUGCAGUCUGUUACGAGAUAUUGUUGUUGUUCUAGUACAACAAUAUCUACGGUACUCCCUCACACCUCUGGAGAUUGUUGUGCUCCAUUAUUGAGUGGGAGGUGUUAUGGAGUGAGAACUGCAGUCACCAAAGCUAGUAGCCAUAUAUAACUGAAUUUUCUGAUCUCAGUUUUCCUCUGCCGAGCGACCUGUUUGCUGGAAGAAGAAUUUGGAGGAAACGAAUAAUUGAAGGCGGAAAGUAUUCGAAAUCACACGUCCUGGAAAUCACACGUCCGGGAAUUGUGCGUUGCCUGUUGUAAAUUGAGCUGUGAUCGAGUCUAUAAAGCAAAUUUUUUCA